AGUGUUGUCUCCCACUCGCCCACCAGUGUUAUAGUCACUAGUGCCAUCGAAGGAGUACAAGAAUCCUGCUUGAUUCGAUAUUUUAUCGAGGAAUUAUCUCCAUGGUUUGAUCACUGCGAUGAGCAGCGACACUUCCAAUUUGUUGUUCCCCGCCGGGCACAGCAUUGCCACACCCUCAGAAAUGCCAUUUUUGCUGUUUCGUCACGGCAUCUUUGUCGAGUUCCACAAUAUAAAACGACGCACGGCAUAGUCUACAGAGGACAGCUUCUUCCAAAUUUGAAGAAGUCCAGUGCCCUUGAAUACAUGUUAAAGUGUAUUCCAGAUUUGAUCGAAUUUCCAAACAUCCAGGAUCCCGUUCACCAUGAGAAUAUAAUGGCGGCUACGGUAAUUCUAAGACAGUAUGAAGAAAUGGAGGAGGAGAUGGAUGAGGAUAGAACAGAGCUUGAGAACUCGACAUAUAGUCGAGUAAACUUCCUGGGAAUCACUCAGACAAUUAUGGACUCUAUGAGUGCCUCUCCUCACAAUUGCUCACUUGCAAAUGCGGCCUACUGGAUUACUGUUCGACAAGAGAUAUACUAUGCCUUAACAAGGGAAUCUGUUCCCUACCUAGGUUUCGAUCCUGGACGCUGGAGUAACACUUCAAUCGCAGAUCAUAUGAUCAUGUUUGCUGGCCAGGUUGCAACAUGGCGGUGGGGCCAAAAGUCAGCCGAGGAAUGGACUCAACUCAAAAUUGAAGAACAGCAACUACAUCAAGAUUCUUUGGGAGAACUUGAGCCGCUCCUGCAGCUCAAUGCAGAUAGAGCGAAAGGGGAUUUAUUCCCAACGAUUUGGUAUAGCUUUGAUGUACAGGUGGCAGCCAUCCAACAUUUUCGACUGGCACAGAUGAUUUUGACCGCGGAAAAUCCUCACCUUGAUUCCGCAAAUCGAGCUGUGCAUAGAAGAACAGAGGCACAGGUCCGGUCUAUCGUUCUCGACAUUUGCGGCAUUGCACUGUGUCAUAUAUCACGCGUACAGCCUGCACUCGUCAAUGCAGUCAUUGCGAUUAAAUUAUACGGUGAAUAUUUUACCAACCAGGAAGAGAGAGAUGCUCUCGUUGGUAUCAUCGACAUGACAAGUGACAUCUGUGCCUGGCCCAUGAGAAAGUCAUACGAAAUUUUAAAAGCACGAUGGGAAAUGGUGGAUACCGCGGAAGUUUGA